AAUGAAUUAACUUCUUGCAGAAAUACAGUUGUUAAAAAAAAAAAGGAAAGAAAGAAAUGCCCGAAUAUCCUAUCUAUUUCCCAUAUGCAUUAUCUGAUCUUCUUAUCUACCUGACGAUAAGCACAUUACUUCUGACGUUUAAAAAUAAAGCUACUAUCGGGAAAAUGGAACAAUGGCAUUCAGAAACGAUUGCAAGCACACUUCUAGCGUUAUAUCAUUUUUAGAAUUGUUCUCUUUCAACCCGUUGGAAUACACCUAAUAUGAAGAUUGAAUUAGAAUUAUUUUCUAAUGACCCUUGUGUUCCACCAAAUCAUUUAAUACGAUUUUUAAAGAAAAUUCCUUUCAAUGGUUCCCGAACUUAUGAUGUCUAUUUGAUUUAAGAAAAUGGAUUUUACGAAUUAUGAAACAGGAAGUCACGUCAUUAAGACAACUUUUGAAAUUAAGAUAGAAGAUUUCUAUUCAACUUCUGAUUUGAUUGGAAAAGAACACCGAAAUCCUCAUCCUUUAGUUCAAAGCAUCUACGCCGCAGUCUAUCCCAACGGAGUUGAUGCAGACACUGAAGGCUGGGUGGUCGUCCUUCCAGAUGUAGAUGUUAGCCCAGGUUGGAAUCCAGAGAAUGAGAUGCUAUCUUGGAUAGUGAGUAUUAUUGAUAAUACAGGCACCCCCAAAAUUCCCCGAUCUUUCGAGGAAUGUCAUUUUGACGGAGACUUUCAGCAUGAGAAAUAUUUAGAUAAAUCUUUUAUACUCAGCAGAGCAGAUGAAUUCCUGGCAGAGGGCGUGCUGACCUUGCGUUGUGAUAUUUAUUUCACUUGGAAUGACAACAGGGAUGAUUGGUCCGGGUGUACUUAUGAAUACAUGAAAAUGAAGAAGGAACAACUAAAACUCCUAAAUGGUUUUUUACACACAAUACCGAAGGCAACAGUAGAUACCAGUGCUGAAACAGGACAUUCGGGUGAAGCCUACAAAAUUUAUGACUUCACACACCGAAUUCUCACCUUGCCACAGUUUGACGAGGUGAGGAAAGCCUUCGGCAUUUACGGUAUUGCUCCUUCGUUCACGCGGUCCCGAUCAAAAUCAAAACAAAACAGUCCAGAAAUUUGGGACAUUUGGGAACACGUCUGGAUAUUCGACAUUUUCCCAGACAGGUUUUUCCUGCUUCUCGAUGAAAAUCAGGAAAGUGUGGGGUCGAGCCUCAUGAAAGCCUCCCCCGUCUUAAGGCGAUGCUUAAACACCCCGAUGAAAGAGAAGCGUGACAAACGUAUCGAACUCUAUCAUGUGAAAAGUCGGGCCUUCCUAAUGAUAUUAUUCUUCCUAGAGAAAGGCAUGCUCCCUCCCGCACAAUUCGAUGAACUGGUGGAUGUCUACAAAAUAUCGCAUUUAUACGAAAUGAAGGAACUGCAGCAGAAAUGUGCCCAGCAGUUGGUGAAGAGUUUGGUGUUUCCGACUGAUUUCGAAGAACUGCUGAGAAUCGCAUAUCUCUAUUCUGAUGAAUAUCUAUCAACGAUCUUGGAUUCCAGCUGUGUAGAAGAUGUGUGUCCAUUUCUGUUUGACUGGCGAUUAAAUAUAGAGGAUAGACUGGAUUUCGCCUGUUAUAUUUGAUAAAUAAUUUUUUUUUAUAUUGAUGUUUAUGUUAUGCAUUUCAUACAUAUUUCAUUCGAAUUUGCUCUCAAAAAAAAAAAAAAAAAAAGAAAUUUGACUUCAUUUAUUCUAUAGAUUCGCAGAGUAAUUGAAGCAUUACUGUGCUCUCAUGCAUAUCUGGCGAUUUUAAUUUGUUACAUAAAAAUUUAGAUCCAACUUUAUUUUUGGAGUCAUAUAUCCAGAAAGCUGAUGAACUCACAAAUCUGCCACUGCAUUAUGAAAUAACUCGAAAAUUUUCAUUUCUUCUACUUUCGUUCCUCUAAUUGGUUGUCAUCACUCAUUAUUAACCACA